AUGUCUCGCCGCGACUUCGCUGGGUAUACCCCGACUCCGAACCCCGCUGCUCAACCGCACCAGCAGCAUUCCCAGCAACACGCUCAGCAUGCCCAACAACAGCAUCACCCGCAACAGCAGCAGCAUGCGCAGCAGCAUCCGCAACAGCAGCAGCAUGCACAACAGCAGCAGCAUGCACAACACCAGCCUCACCCGCACCAAUCUCACCAACCGCACGCCACACAUGCUCAGCACCCCCAGCAUGCUCAACACCCGCAACACCAGCAACAGCAGCAGCAACAACACCAGCAGCAGCACCAGCAGCCACACCCCCAGCAUCAGCAGCAGCAACACCAUGCGACCCCCGUGCCUCCCCCAAUGACGCUUCCGCAAGCCGCAGCCGCAGCCCCGCAAAAGCAGCCAACUCCCACGCCGGCCCCAGCCCCAGCCCCGGCUCCUCGAGGCCGUAAGCGACCCGCGCCAAGUCACCACCAAGCACACCAGCAGGCCCAGCAGGUCCAGCAAGUGCAUCAGGCCCAUCAGCAGCAACAGCAACAACCACAGCCCCAGCAACCUGCCCCUGCGGCACCGGCCCCUGUUGCGGCCGCUCCAGCUCCAGCUCCAGCUCCCAAGCCCGCGACUCCAGCUGCUGCUCCUGCGCCGGUUGCCGCGCCGCCGGCUCAGGUUACUCCUGUUGCACCGCCUGCACCUGUCAUUGAAGACCCUCCGGUUCUACCUCCGCCUACCAAAAAGAGUCGCACCAACACCCCUUGGACCCCUGCUGAGGAGCUGCGGCUUAAGCAGAUGAGAGACCAAGGCAGCAGCUGGGCUGACAUUGCCAAGACGUUCCCAACUCGAACCGAAGGCAGCGUCAAGAAGCACUGGUACAAGGACAUGCACUACGCUGAGUUUGCCGAGGACGAGAGCACAGCACUCCUCAACGCCAUUAAGGACUAUGAGAACAACAAGUGGAAGACCAUUGGCCAGAAAGUCGGCAAGCCUGCAAAGGCCUGCGAACAGUAUGCCAAGGAGCACUUCUCGGAGCUCUUUGCUGCACAAAAGGCUCGCUAG